CCGCGUGGCUAGAUGACGCCGACGCGGGGGAGCAGCCGUCCACGCUCCGCGCAGCGUUGACGGUCAGCAGCGUCUGCAUGGUCGACGCAGAUCUUCCCCAAGCGACACUCACAGCUGUCUUCCUUGACAGCGUGCACACACAGCGCCAACUGCGAGCACCAACAACGUACCAGACCAGAUGACAGGCAGACCCGACCUGCCAAGGAAUCUGUCGGCCGGCAAUGCAGAGUCACUCGGCACAGCCAGCGGACUUUCGCCGUCAAGUGCGGACCCGAGAGCUCACUUGUCCAGACUGGAACAUGUCCAGACUGCCGAGCCCGGCCACCACGUCGGCGGUCGUACGGCUCUUGCGAGCAUUGCAGACGCUAAUUCCGCACCCGUCACUCGAGCGCAUUCACCCACACCUCACACACAGCACGAGGAUAUCACAGCGUCAGACUACGCACUCGCACCACUGGCGGCCGACGUCCAAGUCUCGUCAGGUCUCCUCGAGCCUCUCCAGCCAACGCAAGUCAAUGUGGGCGGCGUCACAGCACCACUGACCCACCAGCAUCAGCAUCAGCAUCAUCACAGGCCGGGAUAUCCCCGCCAGCACACGAACGAACAUCCUGCAUUCUCCCUCUCAGGCAAUCGCUUCGAAGACCCGCUCGUGGCCGCGGCUUACGGCUACGGAGCCUACGGACAACGACCGUUCGAAAGUGCACAAGAAGCUCUGCGCAGGCGGAGAGUCCAAGGUCUCGGUCGACCUCUGCCCAGCUAUGCGGAGAUGCAAGUCCUCAAAGCCCAAAGAGAUGCAAUGAGACACAGGAAGGCCAAUUCGAAAGGCCCUAGCAGGCAAAACAGCUGGCGAGCACCUGAUGCGUUACCAGCACCGAAGUCAGCUUCUCUCGGUCCUGCGAUUGGUCAAACCUGGAGUCAUCAAAUCCCAACGAGCUCUCAUCGCUCUGCAGACAAUUUUGUUGUUCUGAGUCCAGAUCAAUUCCAGGCCCUGACGCAAGGUACAUCUGGCCAGAGCAGCGAAAAGAGCGAGCAAAGCAAGGCUAUCACCGCCAUCGAGAACAGCAGCGAUCCGUACGCAGACAGCAAAGAGAAAAGACCGCAGUCAUUCACGAGCAGCUCGAGCAGCUCCAAUUCUGACGAUGAAGAGGACUUCCCGAAUCCUUGGUCACGCAUUAGACACAAGGCCAGAGAGCCCUUUGCAGAAUUUCUGGGAACCAUUAUCCUCAUCACAUUUGGGAAUGGCGUGAAUUGUCAGGUCACAUUGUCAUCUUCGACCGCUGUCUCGACGUCACCCAAAGGAGACUACCUCAGCAUAUCCUUUGGAUGGGCCAUGGCCGUCGUGUUUGGUAUCUAUGCAAGCGGUGGUAUCUCCGGCGGACACAUUAAUCCAGCAGUGACGAUCUCCCUCGCAGUCUUCAGAGGCUUUCCUUGGCGUAAGGUACCGAUCUACAUCUUUGCACAGAUUCUGGGAGCUAUGUGCGGCGCUCUCAUGGUCUAUGCCACUUAUCACGAGGCCAUAACGAUCUACGAGGGCGGUCCCAACAUCAGGACUCACACUGGACCGACAGCGACCGCCGCUCUCUUUUCGACUUACCCACUGACAUACGUCGGUGCACCAGUAGCCUUCUUCAACGAGAUCUAUGGCACCGCAAUCCUCAUGAUCAUUGUGCUCGCUGUCUCUGACAAAGCCAACGCGACGCCGACAGAAGGCAUGAAUCCUCUCAUCAUCGGACUCCUCGUCCUCGCCAUCGGAGCAUGUCUCGGAUCACAGACAGCCUAUUGUAUCAACCCAGCGCGAGACUUCGGACCUCGACUUGCUACCUGGAUCGUCGGAUAUGGCAAAGGCGUCUGGACGUUCUACAGCUGGUAUUGGAUCUGGACGCCUAUCGUUGCCACGAUCUGCGGUGCUCUGCUGGGGUCUCUCGCGUACGAUAUGCUCAUCUACACCGGGUUGGACUCGCCCGUCAACCAGAGAUGGGGAACGCGUUGGACGAGGAAGGAACCCAAUGCUGAUCACGAAAAUCAGACGCAAGUCAACGCACCUGCCGGAGAGAUUCAAGAAAAGCGUCCGAACCAGCAGGUCUAGUGUUGAUGUCAUAAUCUUGUACACAAUUAAUGUCCACUUCGCCC